UGUGAAAUAUUAUGCCAAAACUGAAAAGAAAAUCUGCAUAUACAUUAAGGAAUGAAGCUAAAAGAAGAAAGGAUAUUAAAUUGGAAUUACCUGAACCACCCAAAUGUAGAAAAGUAGGAAGUGAUGGACUAGACUCAUGCAGUCUAGACUCUACUCCAAAACUUGAGUAUGAAGAAAUGUUGGAAACCAUUAAUGGAAAGAAUUUAAAGCUACCAUUCAACUACAUAAUUCCUAAAAAAAUUACUACCAACAAUUUACAAAGUUCUCUGAAUGAUUCUCAUGCAUCUACUAGUAAGGAUAUUUCAAAUAGUGAUACUAGAAUAAGGUCAGACAAAAAAAAGUUAUGGUUACGAAAAAAAAGGCAAGACCCAAUAUAUAAAUCAAUGCAACAAAAAAGAGAUGCACAGCCAAAACAGUUGAAGCGGAAAUAUCCACAAGUUUUACGGGAAGAAAGAGAAUACAAAAAAAAAAUUCGCCAAAACCCAGAAGUCCAACUUAAAGAAAAACAGCACAAGAAGGAAUUCCGUGUAAAUCCAGAAGUCCUACAGAAAGAAAAAAAGCACAAUAGAAAACUCCGCCUGAAUCCAGAAGUCCUACAGAAAGAAAAACAGCACAAAAGGAAGGUUCGCGAAAACCCAGAAGUCCUACAUAAAGAGAAACAGCACAAAAAGGAUGUCCGCCAAAACACAGAAGUACUACAGAAAGAAAAACAGCUACAGAAAGAAAAACAGGACAAGAGGCAAGUCCGUGAAAACCCACAAGUCCUACAGAAAGAAAAACAGCACAAGAGGGAAGUUCGCGAAAACCCACAAGUCCUACAGAAAGAAAAACAGCACAAGAGGGAAGUAAGCGAAAACCCACAAGUUCUACAGAAAGAAAAACAGCACAAGAGGGAAGUUCGGGAAAACCCACAAGUUCUACAGAAAGAAAAACAGCACAAGAGGGAAGUUCGCGAAAACCCACAAGUUCUACAGAAAGAAAAAACAGCACAAGAGGCAAGUCCGCGAAAACCCACAAGUUCUACAGAAAGAAAAACAGCACAAGAGGCAAGUCCGCGAAAACCCAGAAGUCCUACAGAAAGAAAAACAGCACAAGAGGCAAGUCCGCGAAAACCCAGAAGUCCUACAGAAAGAAAAACAGCACAAGGGGGAAGUACGCAAAAACCCAGAAGUCCUACAGAAAGAAAAACAGCACAAGAGGGAAGUACGCAAAAACCCAGAAGUACUACAGAAAGAAAAACAGCACAAAAAGGAUGUCCGUCUAAAUCCAGGAGUCCUACAGAAAGAAAAACAGCACAAAAGAAAAGUUCGUCUAAAUCCAGGAGUCCCUACAGAAAGAAAAACAGCACAAAAGAAAAGUUCGUCUAAAUCCAGGAGUCCUACAGAAGGAAAAACAGCACAAAAGAAGAGUUCGUCUAAAUCCAGGAGUCCUACAGAAAGAAAACCAACAAAAAAAAAAUAAACUUAAAGGCUAAUAGUAUAGAAGAAUUAAUAACAAACUUUCACAAAAUAGUAACUGAGGGACCACUGUAUAUAUGUACCUGUUGUAAGCAACUUUUAUACAAAAAAGCAGUCACAGAAAUAAGUAAAGCAAGAAUUAAAAAAGGAGAUAAUUCUGCUGCUCUUGCAAGAAUAAUUGAGAAAUGUGUAACAGGUAUUAAAAGUGUUGGUGGAAGAGAAUGGAUUUGCAAAACCUGUCAUAGUCAUUUAAAGAAAUCAAAAAUGCCACCAUCUGCUGCUGCAAAUGGAAUGGAAUUUCCUCCUCAAGGAAUUAUGCGAAACCUUAAUCCAUUAGAAUUUACUUUUCUGUCACCAUUGCUACCAUUCAUGAAGAUUCAUAAGGCUCCUGUAGGUAAACAGUUGAAAAUUCAAGGCAAUAUGGUUGUUGUCCCCUCAGAUACUGUUAACACAGUACAGUCUCUUCCAAGACUUUCUAAUAACACUUCAACUAUAAAAGCCCAGCUUUAAAGAAGAUUGAGACACAAACAUUGUGUGUACAGUUCAAAUAUUCGGCCAGAAAUGGUACGAGAAGGUGUAAAGUUCCUUUCACAAACAGGUACAUUAUACAAGUCUUUAAAUAUUAAAUACAACCUCAACUGGACAGAGUCACUAGAUGCAAGUACUGAAGAAAACCAAAACAGUGAUGAUUAUAACGACAAUAACAACGACUAUGCUGAGGAAAGAACAGAAGAUACAACUGUCAAUACAGAAAAUUUAAAUGUUGACAGCGAAGAUGAAUGGGAAGAAGAAAAACAUGAUGAACAUGUUGCAGGAUCUACUGAUACGUUUUUAACUACACCUGAUUUCUUUGAAACUAAUGAAAGAGAUUUAGUUUACAGUUUUGCUCCAGCAGAAAAUAACCAACCAAUAAGUAUAUUUACGGAAAAGACAGCUGAGGAACAGGCAUACCCUGGUAUCUUCUGUGGUCAAGCUCGAAUUCCCAAUGACCAAAGAACUGUACCUGUUUCUUACGGAGAAAUUGUCAAAUCAGAAUUAAGAAAUAUGGAUAGGAGGUGUGCUAGAAAUGUUGAAAACAUUUUUUUUAAAACCAAAAAACUCCAAAUGAAGUACCUCAUUGAUCAAACAAACAUUGCUUUAAGAAAAUUUAAGACCGAUGGGCAACACCUGACAGCCAAAGAUGUGAAACAGCAAAAUGUACACAACCUCAUCCAUUUAGACCAGGGUUACAAAGUUCUGAAAACACUGAGAGGAUCUCCUCCAUACUUCCAGGCUAUUUCCAAAGAAUUGUUUGCCAUGAUACGAACACUAGGACCAGCUACAUUCUUCCUAACACUAUCUGCUGCUGAAACUCAAUGGAUCCAUCUUCUACGAAUUCUUGCAAAGUUAGUUGAUGAAAAAGACUAUUCUGAUGAAGAACUUCAAAAUUUAACCUGGUCAGAAAAAAGUCGUCUUAUACAAUCUGAUCCUGUUACAUGUGCAAGACACUUUGAUCAUUCCCUUCAGUCUUUUAUGACAAAUUUUAUUUUAUCAGAUCUCCAUCCUGUCGGAAAUGUUACUGAUUGGUUUUCCAGAAUAGAAUUUCAGCAGAGAGGAUCACCACAUGUUCAUAUGAUGAUCUGGUGUGAUAAUGCCCCAAAUUUGAAUGAUAACAACAAUGAAGAUAUUUGCAAGUACAUUGACAAAUUUAUUACAUGUUCUAUUCAAAAUGCAGAUGAUAGUCUCACUACAUUAGUGAAGUUACAACAACAUAAACACAGUCGGACUUGUAAAAAAAAAGGGAAAAAAAAUGUAGAUUUGGCUUUCCUAAACCACCAAUGCAACAAACAGUUAUUCUUCAUCCAUUGGAAGACACUGUCACAUUAAA